AUGGCGCCCAAAUCAGUCAUUCCCAAUUCGGACCGGACGGCCACAGAAGCUCAAACUUCUCCAUCAACGCGACGCGUCGCCCAGCUUACAGGUCAUCUUGCGCCUGUAGAAGAGACCGAACGUGUCAAAAAACGCCCCGAACUCCCAAUCCCAUAUCCUGUUUCUAAACUCCAGAUCGAUACAAGCCAUAGCAUAGAUCAGGUGCGAGAGCUGAAGGUAGCGGUCAUCGGUGCUGGGCUUGCUGGUAUUAAUGCUGGCAUUUUGCUUCCAGCCAAGGUGCCAGGCAUCAAAUUGACUAUUUAUGAGAAGAACACUGAUGUUAGCGGCACAUGGCUGGAAAAUGUCUACCCCGGAGUUCGAUGCGAUAUACCAGCACAUGUUUACCAAUCGACAUAUUCACCUAACACCCAAUGGACAGAAAUCUUCGCGAAGGGCGGUGAAAUACGCGACUAUUGGCAGGCCCAGGCAAAAAAACAUGGUGUCUACGACUAUGUGAAGCUACGGCAUCGCGUAGAUGGGGCGGAGUGGAGUGAUGCGGAAUCGAAUUGGCGUGUCAAAGUGACGAAUCUUGAUACUGAAAGCUCUUUCACCGAAAGUUUCGAUUUUCUUAUCACGGCUAUUGGACGAUUCAAUGCCUGGAAACUGCCUGACUAUCCUGGGCUCGACGAGUACAAAGGCCAUCUUCGACACACGUCAAACUGGGACCCAUCUUUUGACCCAGCAAACAAGAAAAUCGCCGUGAUAGGGAAUGGCGCAAGUGGGAUUCAGGUGGUACCAAAUUUGCAACCCAUCGCCAAACAUGUAACUCAUUUCGUCCGCAAUCCCACAUGGAUUGCAACCUCUUGGGCGGGCGAUGAAAGAACUUUCGAGCCUCAGCCCUAUCCAGAAGAGCAGCGCAAAUCUUUCGAAGACCCUGAAAUAUACCUGGCUUUCCGAAAAGACCUCGAAGAUAGGUACUGGAGACGGUUCCGUGCGAUGGUACGCGACUCACCGGAGAAUGCGGGUAUACGCGAGCUUUUUAUUGAAGUGAUGAAGAAGCGAGCAGCAAAAAAGCCUGAGUUGCUCGAUGGACUGAUUCCAGACUUUGCACCGCAUUGCAGAAGAUUGACGCCAGGGCCUGGCUAUCUGGAGUCGCUCACUGAAGACAACGUAAAUUUAGUGAAAACUCCGAUCAAGCGUUUCACGCCGACUGGCAUUGAGACAGUGGAUGGAAAGAACUUUGAUUUCGAUGCAAUUCUAUGUGCCACCGGUGCAAACACUGACCUCGUACCACCCUUUCCGCUGAAGGCACGAGGAGUAGAUAUCAACAAAGCGUGGAAACCUGAGGGAAAAUGGGGCUUCCCAUACACAUAUAUGGGCGUGGCCACACCAGGAUUUCCGAACUUGUUCUUCCUGGCUGGUCCUCACGCUACAGGUCCUUCAGGCACUGUGCCGCAAGCUGUCGAAACUGCACUCACUUACUUCGCGAAAGCCAUGCGCAAAGCAUCAUCGCAAGGUAUCAAAUCGAUGGCACCUUCAAAGGAAGCGACAGACGACUUCAUCGAUUAUUGUGAUGCAUUCUUCCCAACCACAGUUUUGACCGACAAUUGCUCUUCUUGGAACAACGGGGGUGUGCCAGGUCAGCGCAUUCAUGGACUUUGGCCUGGAUCUGCUGCCCACAUCACACUGGUCAGACGUGAACCAAGAUGGGAAGACUGGGAGUAUGAGCGCGAGAAUAAGCAGAAUAGAUUUGCCUACUUUGGCAACGGAUAUACUGAAGCAGAGAUUGACGAGACGACUGAUCUCACUUCUUAUUUGAGGGCACCAGGUCAGGAGGUAGACCUGCGGGACCUUCACGAGAGCUGGUGGGAUGUGCCUGGAGCAAGGAAGAAGACUUGA